UAGAGAUCUCUGUGAGCCCGUUUGACCCGGCCCUUUCCCUCUGUGAGAGAUGCUGUCAGUCUCACAGCUUGACGUGAUGAAUCUGCCAUGUUUAAGUGAAGCUGUUGUCCCUGCUAUGACAACCAGCUCUCUAUUUCUGAUUUCAAACCAAAGGUCGCAGUCAUAAACCUGACACUUUAUGACCAGCAGUCCACAUUUCACUCCACCCAGGAGACGUUACUCGUACACAGGACCUGUGGAGGAUCAGGAAUCUGCCCUGAGACUUCCUCUUUGUUUAACUGAACAGACUUUGGGAUUUAAACUUACCUGGAAUACAGCAAAAAUGCCAUCCACAAAGAAGAUUCUCCUUUUUCUUUCUAGUGCACUAGUUACUGCCAUUUCUGUUGGACUGCUGGGGUUUGCCAUGUCAGCUCAGUGGGCGGACACCACCAUGGUGUGUGAAGCAUCUGAAGGUGGCAAUGUCACUGGAACUGCAGUGGUCAAAAUGAGUCUUUUUAAAGGAGUUUUAACCAAAGUCUCCUGUCCCCUUGGAGGGGAGGACAGAUUCGAUGUGUUCCCCACCUUAACAUUGAUAGGAGUCUCUCCUUUGGCUGUGCACGGCCUGCUGGUGUCCCUGCUGGCUUUGUGUUUGCUGUUUUCUGCGGGCAGCAUCCUCAUCUCCCUUUAUAACAGCGUCAGUAAUCCGUAUGAGACCUACAUGGGGCCUAUUGGAGUUUACACCUGCAGCUCUCUCAGUGCGUGUUUGUCUGUGCUGGUCCUUAUUAUUUUUGCGCUGAACCUCGGGGUGACCAGCAUGCCAGAAGAUUUGGUUAACCAAGUCUCCAAUAUAAAGGUGGACGUCAGAAACAAAUCCUUGCAGAUGCAGCUGGGGUACUUCCUGGUCAUUCCUUACACGGUGAUGUCUCUUUGUGCCGUCCUCUUAAUCUACCUUUACGACCAUGCUAGCUACACCCAAAGACGACAGCAGGAGAGGCCUACAGAAGAUGCUCCCAAGGAGAUCAUGAUGUAUUAAUGACAACGGAGGCAGAUUUCAGAGACUAUUUCCUCAUGACUUCAUGGGAACUCUACUAUCAAUGUUAUUUAUGUAGAACUUUACAAACCAAAUAACAGCUGAAAAAAUGUAACAAACCCUAAAGCAAUAAUAUAAUGUAAAACGCAAAGUCAGUGAAGGUUAAAAACGUUAUUCUGUUAAAAAUAAUUUGAAAUAAAUGAAAUCAAGCUCAGUUUGAGGAUAUGUGGGUUCUGUUUACCAACUUUUUAAAAGCAUAAUUAUAUGGAUGAACAAAUUGUUCAGCAGUAACAUGAAAAGAAUGAGAAAUGAUCCAAGUAGCCAAUAAAAUAACAUUAUUUGCCAUUUUAUGUGCCAUUUGUAGUAAGGAUUCUCAGCUACUCCUACAUCACAUUGUAGCUAAAUAUUUAAAACAGAGUUUAAGCCAUUUUUGUGUUAGUAAUGUUGUUAGUUGUGACAGCCAUUUUUUCUCUGGGUUACUGUCAAAAGUUAAUCAAAUAAUAUACAGAGAUAACUAUAUUUUCUAACAGAAGCAUGCAGAAAAUGUUUUACUUUGCUCCUUUUGCCUUUUGCAUUAGGAAAGGUGCACCUUUGACAAAGGUGAUCAAAUAUGAUGAUGUAAAAGAACCCUGAUGGGGUCAGACCAAUCAGAGCCGGGAAAAUCAACAAUGAAAUCGUACAACCCCCCUUUUAACAAACAGGAAGUCAGCGGAACAAAUCCGACACUCAUUAAACAACAUUCAGGAGCAUAUUUUUAAAUCUGCUAACAACAAAUUUUGGAUAAUCUAUUCAUGAUGUAAUCAAAGCAUACAACUGUUGUUCUUAAUGUUGUCACAUUGUAAAUAAAUAAAGUAGGUGAACCAUUUUAAUUGGAUCAGUACACAGAUAUUACUACUUUAAUCACAUUUAUGAAUUCAUAACACAAACUUACAUUUUCUAUAUUUAUUUGUUCCAUGAGCGGUGAAUUUAUCAUUUCCUGGUUCGACAUGUUGAAUUAUUUAGACUUUUUCUCCUAAGUGGACCAAACGUUAAAUUAUUUUUAACAUAUGUGAUUAAUGGUUUUCAUAAUUACUCCUGAAAACACGACUAAACAUGAAUCAGCAGAUACGAUUAUUCCUGUUGUUUACACUCAGUAUCGGUGCAGUUUCUUGUCACAAUAUAACCAGAAAUGUGGUGUAAAUGAAGAAAAUGUUUAAUUUGUUGUUAUAAAAAAAUGAAUGGGAUAUUUUUUCAUGGGGUCCAAAAUCCCUGGUGGUGCCUCCGUUAUAAAUGUGUUUUAUGUGGAAAAGUAAAGUUUCAUUUGCUGAUGUGUGCUGCCCUCUAGCGUUGUUUUGAUGUAACUGCAAAACAUCUCAAGUUUCCUAUAAA